GCCGUUCAGUUGUCCGCCGAAUCCAGAUCUGCGCGUGCGCCUCUAUGGAGAAAAAAAUCAGGAAAAAUCUUGCUAGAUGUUGGCACUACUGUUGUAACAAGUGAAGUCAAAAGGGCGAGUAAACAAGUCCACACUGGACUCCACUAUAAAACCUGCCCUCUAGCCUGUUUUUGAUAAGUAAUUACGAGUAAUGCAGUGUAAAAAGACUAUAAUUUUUUAAUUGUCAAUUUUAAAAUUUAAGUCUGGAAAAUUAGCAAUUAUAAAUACUGAAACGUCAAAAUGUCAUCUUUAACUCAAGCUCUUCUGCAAGUGAGGUGGCAGCCAAUUAUUCAGUUCGUGAGGUACAGAAGAAUUAAUAUACAAAAACCUAGACCGCCUCAUUAUGUCCGUAAGUUAGUUUUACAUGUGUGUGAACCUCAGUAUGAGAAACCAAAAAAAUCUAUUCAAGAACUCUGUUUACGUCCUGUAUUUCUUACCAAAAAACAAAAAGUUGAGGAAAAUCCUUUCCAAACUUUACUGGCACGAGAUCUUGUGAAUUGGUGUGAAAAAUCAAACUGUAUAUAUAUUUUUCAACAAAAUUCUAUUACUGGACCAGAUAUUUUUAAAGCAAAGGUUUUAUUUAAAAGACAACAAAUGGCAUUGCGAAAAUAUGAUCGACCAACAAUGGAAGAAGCAUUUUCUAGUAAUGAUAAAUAUAAGGCCCUUUUACCAUUGAUAGUUGGAAGUCCCGUUUCUUUAGCUUUCGGGUCUGAACCACAGGUAUCAACGGUCCUUAAAAUAUGCAGAAAGGUGCCAGAGCUAAUUCUUCUAGCUGGAAUUUUUGAUAAUAGAUUAUUAAGCAGAUCUGAAAUGAUGGAAUAUACUUAUUUUCCUAAUUUACAAACUGCUCAAGCACAGUUGGUUUCUGUGCUAAAUUCUGCUGCAACUCAACUUGUUCAGAAUAUGAAUCAGCAUCAGCAAACAUUAGUUAGUCACUUAGAGAAACACGUCGAAUUAAAAUCUGAAGAUAAAUAACUAUCAUUCCUUGAGUAAAUGAGAGAAUUAUUGUCUGUUACAAACUUUGUGUGGUUUCUAUAUAAGCAAUUUUUGAAUGAGUGUGAAUUGAGUGUAAACUUGCUGUAGAUAUUAAUAAAAAAUUAUUUCAAAUUUCACUGAAUU